GGCAGCCCCGGAGCGCGCCGGACGGCGGCGGUGGCAGCCAGAGGGGAAGGGGCGGCAGUGGCUUGAACAGCGGGGUUUGGGCCAUGGCGGCGGCGGCGACGGUGCCAGCGGGGGCCGAGGCCGCGGCGGGGGCGGAGUCGGCCGAGGGGCCCCCGGGGCCGGCAGCAGCGCUGGAGCUGUGGCUCAAUAAAGCCACAGACCCAAGCAUGUCGGAACAGGAUUGGUCAGCUAUCCAGAAUUUCUGUGACCAGGUGAACACUGAUCCCAAUGGCCCAACCCAUGCACCCUGGCUACUGGCCCACAAGAUCCAGUCUCCACAAGAGAAAGAAGCUCUUUAUGCGUUAACGGUGCUGGAGAUGUGUGUGAACCACUGUGGGGAGAAGUUCCACAACGAGGUGGCUAAAUUCCGCUUCCUCAAUGAGCUGAUCAAAGUGUUGUCCCCAAAGUACCUAGGGUCCUGGACCACGGAAAAAGUUAAAGGAAGAGUCAUUGAAAUACUUUUUAGUUGGACAGUCUGGUUUCCAGAGGAUAUCAAGAUCCGAGAUGCUUACCAGAUGCUGAAGAAACAAGGGAUUGUAAAGCAAGACCCUAAACUACCAGUGGAUAAAAUUUUGCCUCCACCUUCUCCCUGGCCCAAGAGCUCUAUCUUUGAUGCUGAUGAAGAAAAGUCCAAGCUUCUGACGAGGCUUCUGAAGAGCAAUCACCCUGAGGAUCUUCAGGCUGCAAACAGGCUGAUCAAGAAUUUGGUCAAGGAGGAACAAGAGAAAUCAGAGAAGGUGUCCAAGAGAGUCAGUGCUGUGGAGGAGGUACGGAGUCAUGUGAAGGUGCUGCAGGAAAUGCUAAGCGUGUACCGCAGGCCGGGGCAGGCCCCACCAGACCAGGAGGCCUUGCAGGUCGUGUACGAACGGUGUGAAAAGCUGCGGCCCACCCUGUUCCGGCUGGCGAGUGACACCACAGAUGACGAUGACGCACUCGCUGAGAUUCUCCAGGCAAAUGACCUCCUCACCCAGGGAGUUCUGCUGUACAAACAGGUGAUGGAGGGCCGUGUCAUCUUUGGGAACACAGUGACCAGCUCGGUGGGAGACCUACCUGUCUCCAGAGUCUUUCAGAAUCCAGCAGGCUGCAUGAAGAACUGCCCUCUGAUCGACUUGGAGGUGGACAGCGGAUCUGAGCAGGCUGGGACUGUGGCACCAUCGUUGCUUCACCAGGACCUAGCAGCCUUAGGACUCAGUGAUGCUCCAGUUGCUGACAAGGUUGCCGGUCAGAAUUGCUGUGAGGAAAAGAGGAAUCCCACUGCCAGCACACUGCCGGGUGGUGGUGUUCAGAGCCCUUCUGCAGAAAAGAACUUGCUGGAUCUCCUCUCCCCACAGCCAUGUCCAGGGCCUCUGAAUUAUGUUCCACAGAAGAGUAUCCCUAAGGAAGUGCCCCCCGGCACUAAGUCCUCUCCAGGUUGGUCCUGGGAAGCUGGCCCAUUGUCUUCUUCCCCAUCCUCCCAGAAUACACCUCUGGCUCAAGUGUUUGUCCCUUUGGAGUCUGUUAAACCCAGCAGCCUACCGCCUCUCAUCGUGUAUGACCGGAACGGAUUCAGAAUUCUGCUCCACUUUUCCCAGACCGGGGCCCCUGGUCACCCAGAGGUGCAGGUGUUGCUAUUGACCAUGAUGAGCACUGCCACCCAGCCUGUCUGGGACAUCAUGUUUCAAGUGGCUGUGCCGAAGUCUAUGAGAGUGAAGCUGCAGCCGGCAUCCAGCUCCAAGCUCCCUGCAUUCAGUCCGUUGACGCCUCCAGCUGUGAUCUCUCAGAUGCUGUUGCUUGACAAUCCACACAAAGAGCCCAUCCGGUUACGGUAUAAGCUGACAUUCAACCAGGGCGGACAGCCUUUCAGCGAAGUAGGAGAAGUGAAAGACUUUCCAGACCUGGCAGUCUUGGGUGCAGCCUAACUUUUCACGAGACAGACCCUGCCGCUCGAGCUUAGGCCAGUGUGAAUGUUGCUGUCUAGAUAGGACUAAUCAUGGUGAUUUAGUGCGGAGUGCCAAGAGUUCCAUCCCGACGUCAGGCUCUGGAUCCCAACCUCUGACUUAUUCUGCAGAUACUACUUGUGUGUGUGUGUGUGUGUGUGUGUGCGUGUGCGUGUGUGUGUGUGUGUGUUGUGGGGGGUUGUGGGGGUGGGUAGCGCAGGGCUUGGGGUGUGGGCAGUGUGGGGAAAUGCUAAAGCAUUUCUGACAACCAUCUGCUACAAUCAUCUGUUUCUGCAUGUGGGUGGACACUGAUGUCCCCGCCUCAGGUUGGAGGUUUUAUAAGCCAAAGUUGUGUUGUGUUGUGUUUUUUCUGUGUAUUGUUCUCUUUCCAUCCAUCCACUCUGUGCCUUGUCAGCCUUUGAAAGUCUCGGCUGCUCCCAGGCUGCUGUUCUCAGGGACCUUAAAAGGGACCUGGUUGGUCUUGGGACAGAGAGUGUCUUCUGGGGCACUCUCUUCCAAGAAAGACCUUGUCUCCAUUUCCAUUAGAGAAUGCUGCUUGCUUGUUUUUGAGAAGAUCUUCUAAAUGGAAUGCUGAUUGCACUGUUUUCCAGGCGAGGGGCUGCCACUAGACGAGAGGACCACACUUAGUGGGCCAAGCAUGUCCUUCACCACUGUGCCUUAGAAUCACCCAGAGAGGACCUUCCAGGGCAGAGGGGAAAGCAGAUCCCAGGCCUUAAUGCAGGCCUCAGGUUCCGUGGGUGGGGCAGCCUGUCUGGGCCCUUACUCAGGACCCUCCUCUCCAUUCUCAUCCUGUUUCUCCACAAGCAUUUACCCUCCAAGCUCUUUGAUUGUGACGCCGUGCCAGUCAUUGUCAGCCAUAACUAACAGGCUCACCCUUGCCUGUUGACUUCACCGUCCAAGAUGAAGGACUGAUGCAAAUAGAUCUGAAAAGAGCUUAGCAGUGAUUUAAGUGGUGAACUGAAUAUAGAAAGUCCUUGAAUAAAUACCCAUGUAGCAAA